AGCGCGCGCCCUGCGGAGAGAGAGAGAGCGCGAGAGAGAAAUCGCGCUCCCGCCGCAAGCAGCCACGCGCGCCGCGCGCUUUGUCGCAAUUCUCCCGGAGCUUUCAGACGGUCCGCUCGGUAGUACAGUGGCACAAUAGAAACAAAGUUGUUCCGCCUGAAACCUGCAGAAAAGAAGAAGAAGGCGGGGGAACCCCUCCCCUCCGGCCUGAAGAAGACGUCACGGUCCGAGAAGAUCUGGUGCGCCUGGAUUGAAAGAUGGAUAUUUUUUACACAGUGCUUGAAGUGAUCUAGUAAAUUGGAAAGAUCGGGAUACGUACGUGGAUGUCUUUGCAGUGGCCUCAUAAAAAAAAAAAUAAAAAUAAAGCUAUGCAAUAGGCUGGUCCUCUCUCGGAAGUAAAACUGACAACAACCGAACCGUUACCGUGCGUGGUGGACAAAAAAGUAGCGCAUCGGUUCAGUUGUCUGCUAAUUUAAAAUACACGGACAUCCGAGAGCGCAGCUGAGAAGUGGAACGGCGGAACGGGGCAUACCGAUUGUUUACAGACGGUGCUGUAAAAGACAGAACAACGUGAACGUCCGAGAAUAAAUAAACGAGGCACGUUCGGAGCGCGCGCGGCUGCCUAGAAAAAAGGGCGACGGCGGAAUCCUUCCCGUUCGAGCUGUCAAAUCAGCGCGGCGGCGGCGGCUGCCUGCCUGCCUGGCCUCUUUCUCCAGUGGUGACCAGGCGAACCAUGUGAGGGAAAGGGAUGCAGGGAAGAAGGAGGGAAGGAAGGGAGACGAUAAAGGAAGGCAAAAAAUAUGAAGUGGCGAACGCGGAAAGCAUCACGAUCAUCAUGUCUCCGCCGGUGACAUUUGGGAGUCAUUGAUUGAGCACAAAAGAAAAGGACGAGCGGAGCGCUCCUCCGGCUUCCGCACGCGACCCCUCAGCGCACAAAGAGAUCCGACGUGCGUUUGUGUAGCCCUCCUGCCCUCAUAUAUCGCCAUUCAUUGAUUCCCUUUGGCUGGAGGAGCCUGCAGUGAGCCGUUAUAGCGAGAAUCAGGAGUGAUGUCUGCGGUGAUGAUGGUGAGUAAGAAGGCGGUCCGGCGCUGGGAGAAGCUGCCCGGCAGGAACACGUUCUGCUGCGAUGGCCGGGUGAUGAUGGCCCGGCAGAAGGGCGUCUUCUACCUCACCUUGGUCCUCAUCGUGGGCACCUGCAGCCUCUUCUUCUCCUUCGAAUGCCCAUACCUGGCCCUCCAUCUGUCCCCUGCCAUCCCGGUGUUUGCGGCCUUGCUCUUCUUGUUCGUCCUGGCCAUGUUGCUGAGGACCAGUUUCAGCGACCCAGGGGUUCUGCCACGAGCCCUCCCGGACGAGGCUGCCUUCAUUGAGAUGGAGAUUGAAGCGACCAAUGGCAGCGUCCCGGCGGGUCAGCGCCCCCCACCGCGUAUCCGGAACGUGCAGAUCAACAACCAGAUUGUGAAGCUCAAGUACUGCUAUACCUGCAAGAUCUUCCGUCCGCCCCGCGCAUCUCACUGCAGCAUCUGCGACAACUGCGUAGAGCGCUUCGACCAUCACUGUCCCUGGGUGGGCAAUUGUGUGGGCAAGAGGAACUACCGCUACUUCUACCUGUUCACCCUCUCGCUCUCCCUCCUCACCAUCUACAUCUUCUCCUUCGACAUUGUCCACAUCGUGAUGCGCUCCAUGAAAACUGGGUUUGUCAGCGCCCUCAAGGAGACCCCAGGAACUGUCCUGGAGGUCGUGGUCUGCUUCUUCACCCUGUGGUCUGUGGUGGGACUGACCGGAUUUCACACGUACUUGAUCUCCCUGAACCAGACCACCAAUGAGGAUAUCAAAGGUUCAUGGUCAGGAAAGAAUCGUGUCCAGAACCCCUACAGUCACAAGAAUGUGCUCAAGAACUGCUGUGAGGUUCUUUGUGGACCCGUCUACCCCAGUGUGCUAGACAGAAGAGGACUUCUGGAGAGCUCAGCAAUCAAAGGCAUUCAGCCUGCUGCCACCGCAACCGUCAGCAAGAGCACCGAUUCUGUGCAGCAGAUCUCAAAAACCAAAGCUCAAUAUAUCUCCAAAAAGGACACCUCAGUUGGCGCCAAGUCCAGUCUCGAUGCUUCCAAGGAGAGUAGUUCCACUGUAAAGGAGAAGGGCCCCUCCUCAAUGGAGAAGAGCACCACCUCCAAGGAGAAGAGCAUCACCUCAAAGGAGAAGAGUACCACCCCCAAGGAGAGAAGCAUUGCCUCAAAGGAGAAGAGCACAGCUUCCAAGGAGAAGAGCACAGCUUCCAAGGAGAAGAGCAUCACCUCCAAGGACAAGAACACCACUUCCAAAGAGCAGAGCUUGAAUCUCAAAGAAAAGGACUCCAUACCCAGGGAGAAGGGUCUCAGCUCCAAAGAGAGGAUCUCCAACUCCAGAAAAAAGGACUCCUCCUCAAAGGAAAGGAGCUCCUCCUCCAAGGAUAAGAGUGCCACCCUCAAGGAGAAAAAUUCCUCCCUUAAGGACAAAGGCUCUUUAGCUAGAAACUCUCCCCUUCCAACCCAAGGAGCUACACCAGACACUGUUUCAGAGAAAAAAAGAGGUCACUAGCAGAACCAGAGUGGCCAGGGUGGUCAAAAUGCCAAGAAGACCAAUGAGGACACAUCAGGCAGUGUUUGCUCUCCAGAGGAAAUAUGUACCCAUCAAUCCCCAAAACUGGCAGCUCCUUGUACUGCUGUCUCUUCAGGCAGUGGAAUUCCACUGUAAAGUGAUGGGACCAAUGAAGAAUGUGGGUUUCUUCCACCCAAACUCUAUGGGAUACUUUAAAAGUGAUAUUCUUGACUGCAGAUGAUUACCGUGGACCCCUCUGUUUCCAAGAACAUGGGGCAUGUUGAUUUAACGCUACAGUGGUCUUUGUCAGCAUUUUCUUAGUCUUCACAAUGUUAAUGGACAGUGCAGAAGCGGUCCGGGUGCCUCCGUCUUAUGACACUGACAAUAUUCCUCCAAGGCAUGUACGAAACUCCUAAAACACACCGUUGAAAAGUUGUCAGUCUAUCCAGUUUCCUUUAGCCCCUAUGCAAUUCAAAGAACGAAUGUCACGAAAGCGUGGGUGAUGAAUGGUGCAGAGAAGGGAGAGAGCCAGCAGUGGGGUGGAAUUUUCAGCAAACCUCAGCCAGCAGUACUAGCCGUGAUUUUAAAAUUGAAAAGAAAAAGAUAUGUCCAUCUCUUAUACUUGUCAUUAAAGCUGUAACUCAUAACCAGCCUGUCAAACAGAACCUUUUUUCCCCACAAUCUCAUGAUGGCCGUGGUUUGGUAAAAAAUGUGCAAGCGCUGGGCAUUUUCUUCAAGCACCAACUGGAUCUCAAUGCCAAAUACACUUUGCUUGGUGCCCACACCCAAACCGCUUGUUCUUUUGCAUUUUUCUCAGUCAGGUACUCAUUUCUUUUCCGUUGCACUUCGAGAGCCCUCCUUUAGCCCAGGAUCCUGAGAUGGGUUUGCGGAUCAGCGCCUCCAGGCUUUGGCCAUGGAGGGUCUCCCCUGAGAAUGGCAUCUCCCUGCCACCCCGGCACUGGUGGCAGACAGGGUGCCAAGCUCGUACUCGCCCUGCAGGGAGGGCUGGAGGCCUUAUUGCCUCCAACAGGGAACGUUAGAAACUGUGCCUUAUCUCAGAGCUGCACUAUCACGUGUAAUUGAGGCCAUCUGCAGAGAAGUCUCGUUGACGUACCUUGUGGGACGGUGUAAAACAUUCUUGAUGUUCCUUAAGUGUGGGUUAUUGAAGCAAACUAUGUGACCCUUUUUUUUUUCUACUAAAGAGAUAGAAAAAUUAGCCAAAAUGGAAAAAAGCGAUUGUUUGGCUUUUAUUCUAACAUAUUUUCCUGAUAUGUAUGUGGGGGAUUGUUCUGAAAGUACAAAAGUAGAAAAAAUGUGUUAGACAGAGAAAGGCGAAGCGUGGUGACAUGCGGUUUCAGUGCUGAAGAGUUUGUGUCCAUUGAUGCCAGGAAAUCUCUAAAUUUUCAGAUGUUUUUGUUUUGAUUUCUUGUAUAAAAAAGAUAAACAUCAGUACAAGGCUGUCACAGUAGGUCAACGCAGAAGCCCUCUGACUUUUUUUGCAAAAUGUGAUAAAUGUGAUAAUUGAAAUGUCAUUUAACUUCUCACUUAAUUGGAAACUGGGUGACAAAGUUGCGAUGCUACGGAUGACAGAACAGUUCAGGAGGUCACGCAGUGUUUAUUAAUGACAAUGACAUCCGUUAGAUUUGUGCGAUCCCUCAUUGUAAUGGAAGAGGAAGGACCAAUGAAAUAUAAUGAAUGCAGGACAAAAGCCAUUCUUGCGACAAGGUAAAUUUACUAAAAAUAAGUGCCUCCAUUAUAACAACGAUUAUUGGAAAUGUAUUCUACUUCAGCAUUUCUGGAACUGUGAAGGUUGCAGGUCCUUUAGUACAGGAAAGUUCUGAUUUCUUUAUAAUGGAAAUUAUUGGCAGAGAUCCCUGUUCUACACAGCAAACUGUUAAGUGAUUUUUUUUUUUUUCUAAGCAACAAUCUCUUUCCCUUUUUAAGGGCACAAUUAUAAAAAUUUAAAUUUAAAAUAAAGAAAUAUUUCUUCCAGGAUAUUUCACAGAGAAAACAGUGAAUAGUUGCCCAUAAAGACUGAAUAAGGGCAAUAAAAAGGAGUAAGAAUUUCCACACUACUUGCCACUGUAAACCUAAACAGUCAUGAAUAUGUAAAACUGACAGAAAUGUAACAGGUUUGGUCUGCAAAGAGGUGAGAUUUGCUCUGUUUGAGGAGUAUCAGCUUAUACACUCAUUUAUUGCUGCAAAAAUCACCUUAGACAGCAACAUUAGACUCAAAUUUGAUUUUACUCAUGUAAAUACUUUUAUUUAUAGGAUGCAUGUGCGCGUCUAUGAAUCUACAAAAGGAUAGUCGAAGUAGUUGAGAGUAUGUGGAAAUUCGGUCAAGAAAAGUGACGUAACAGUGCGAUAUGGUUUUGUUAUGUGGUUUUGUCAUACAGUAAAAAAUGAUCAGAUAUCUGCAGCAGCAGGAACCAUAACUGAGCCCAUGGUCAUUGCCCACAAGACCUUCUAGGUGUUUCGCAGGCCUGUAGACAAUGCAACAGUCUUUUUGCUGAGAAGUAUUAGUCAUUUCCUUCCUUUGAAUUUGUUCCAGAGGCAUGUAAACAGUCCACCUGUGUUUCUUUAGAAGAAAAUCAGUCGUUCACUUCUAGUCUGCCUGUUAAUUUGAUAUUCCUAACUACACAGUGCCACAGUAGAUGGAAACCCCAGAUGUGAAAAGGUCAUCGCUUAUACCACCGUGGUCGGAUUUUACUCUUAUAAUGUCUGAUGGAUUAUUAUUAUUAUUAUUAUUACUGACUGUGGGGUUUUAAUUUCUCAACAGGUCUCAGUGGACUGUUCUCAUCCUUACAUACAUAAGGACAAAUGCUAACGACACUUCCACCCGAGAAGUCUUUGAGAAAGGCUGUUCUUCUGAAAUUAACUGUAGUUGUUAAUGAUUCUGCCUUUUCUCAUCAUCCCUUUAUAGUUUGGCUUCAGGAUAACAGUUUUCAACUAAUCCAUGAAUAUUCACCCGUGAUGUUUUUGGAGGGAAAGGAAGGAAAGUCAAACUAUAAUUUACCUGUGGUCAACUGGACCACGUUACCUGUGGUUACACCUACUGCUCAGGAGAUUUUGAUCCGGGGGCAAACGAAGCCAGGUUUGUAAAUGACUAAAAGUAUUUCUGUGUCGAGCCAAAUGCGGGAUUGUGCUGUUACUGAAGCGUAACUUUGAUGAAAAUGCGACAUUCUACUGUACACAGGCACCACUGACAGAAUGUGAUCGGUUGUUCACUUUGUAAUAACACUGUGACUCUGUAACGGUAUUUGUUUCCUUUACUUCUCCAUUCUUUUUUUAAACAAAGGAUACAUUGUGUG